UGCAGGAAUAGACUCCUCUUCCUCCCUCCGCCGUUGCCUGACUCCGACACAACCGGCAUGUCUGCAAACUGAGAACCGCACAGGAAGACACAAUCCCUCCUUAAAGACGCACAACUUGUGAUUUCUGUCCCCCCCACCACUGAGGGAGAAGAAGGAGCGUGCUUAUAACGCUGCGACAAGAGCUUUUUUCUUUGGAGGGACAAAGACUUGGAGGAGGAUCAAAACAAGGUCUGUCCCUGAUAACGUGACCACUGAAGGAAGAGAACACAGAACUGCUUCAUCAUGAAUUUUGUAAUGAAAGCUGCGAUGGGAGGAGGUCCUCCUGAUGUGGGUAAGAUGCUGGGUGGGGAGGAGAAGGAGGAGGACCCCGACGCAGCAAAGAAAGAGGAAGAGCGACAGGAGGCGCUGAGGCAGCAGGAGGAGGAGAGGAAGGCCAAAUAUGCCAAGAUGGAGGCUGAGAGGGAAAGCAUGAGGCAAGGCAUCAGGGAUAAGUACGGCUUGAAAAAGCGCGAGGAAGCAGAGGCCGAGGCAGCAGCCGCCGCAGAGGAGACAGCAGCCGGUAGCUUGACUCGACCCAAGAAGGCCGUGCCAGCCGGCUGCGGUGACGAGGAGGAAGAGGAGAGCAUCAUGGACACAGUGAUGAAAUACCUGCCAGGUCCGCUGCAAGACAUGCUGAAGAAGUAGGCUAGCUCGCUAGCUAGAGCUAACGUUUUUCUAGCUUAGUUCAUAGGCUACAUUCACAAGGUUGGCUUCAGGGGUUUUUUUUCCCAUCCACAUGACAGAUAUGAACUUUGCUCUGUAAGUGCGUUAAAUGAAGUUUAAUUCGGUUUGAUUUGGAGACAAAUCAAAGUUUUAUGGUGAAAUGAGUCAGAUGUGAAAUGUAGCCAUUAGACUAAGCUAGGUUGAGCGGCCAGGUGAACGUUAGCUUCACUGAUGUUGGCGUUAGCUAUGUUACACUAUAAUGAAGCUAGCAGCAAGCAGAGGGGCUAAAAACACAGUGUUAGAUUGUUUAUCCUUCUAGUCAGAAAUGUUUUAAACUCCCUUUUUCUCUCCUCUGUGACAGCUGCAGAGCUCUCUCGCAGCACCGACAAAUAACAUCCCUGUUCACUCAAUUUGUACAUAUAGAAAUGAAUACAUUACAGGCCUCAAGGUGGGCAAAGAAUCAUAAAACAAUAUAUGAAAUUAUUAUACUAACUGUGUGUCUGUCUCUAAAAUAAAUAAAAAAAAUGUGAUAACUUGAUAAGCCAUAUUUUAAAAAGGAAACUUAAAGACUACUGUUGUGUGCUCCUAAAGCUACUGUUUUGUGUUCGACCAUGUCUGGAAUUUAUGUAAAACUUUUUGCACACAGUGUUACACAUUCUCUGUCAGACCUGUUGUCUAUCUCCCCCCCACACUGCCCCCAGUGGCCAACAUCAAAGUGUAAUGACAUUCAUGUAGUGUAGUGUUUAAAAAUGUUUCUAUUCCCCUGUUCAGUGCGUCUCCUUCUUGCGUCUUGCAUGCCAUUUGUCUGGAGUUUGUUGUGUGACUAUGUACCAACUCACCCCCCUCUGCCCCCUCUUCUUUAUCAUGCAAAAAAUAUUAUGGCAAUAACUCCUAAGUUUGAGUGUGUUUUCACUACCAUGUCGAUAUAAUCGUUAAUAAUAUUAGUAAUAAAAAAAAUGAUAUGUAUGCAUUCAGGAAAUUUCAUUUACAGGUUUGCAGGGUUUUCUUUUUUUGUUGUCUCGUUGUUUUGAUGAAGAAUGACCGUGUAGCCGUCCAUACAGCCAAAACCUUAAGCUUUCAGCCAUAAAACCAGAACUUACAGUAUAUAUACUAUUACUAUCAGGAUCUACUACUACUAGGGAGAGAGUACUGAAUGACUAUAUGAAUAAAUAAGACAUAUGUAUUUGUGAUUUUUAAGCUAUAGCAGUAUUAACUUGAAAGUGGACUACAAGUCUGGAUUUUGCAUCAUGUAAAGAUUUGUGAGAAAGAGACCACCCUCCUGCAAUACACGCACACACACAGUGAACUGAAUGCUACAGUUUGGCUACUGAUUUAGUUACACAGCAAAACCAGAAGACAUGAAGCGAUGCUUUAUUCAGUUCUACUUACUGUUGGUUUAGGAGUGAUUGAUUUGCUGAGGGUGACAUAGAAUGCCAUGAGCAAUAAAGGAUUAUCAUGUAUGUUUCUGCCUGAGAUUCAAUAAAAACUUAAAACCUUGUUCACAGACAUUAAAAA